CUUUUUCCAUUUCCAUUUUCAUUGUAUGGUAGCAAAAAAAAAAAUCAGAGAGAAAUGCUACCCUUUAGGAACUGCCCAUCUUCUCUAAUACCCAUACUCGUUCUUCUCUCUAUCGUACUAGUCUUUUCUCCUAUCAACCAAAGCCAUCUCCAUCUCUUCAAAACCAUCCCUCAAAAUCACACAAGGAUUACAAAAGGAAGUCUCCAAAUCCCACAAGCCCAAGCAAUCUCUGAGAGCUUCUUUCAUAUAUCUUCCUCCAACUCUACUAUUAUUUCUGCAACCAACAACAGUGCUACAGCUACAACAGAGAGAUUGGAAGGUGAUGGGUUGGAGAUGAUGGAAAGGGGGCUGGCGAGGGCUCGAGCAUUAAUUCGGAAAGCCGUGCUUUCGAGCAACUACAGUUCGCACAAGGAGGAGAAAUUCGUGCCGAGAGGAGCUAUUUAUCGAAAUGCCUACGCCUUUCACCAGAGUUACAUUGAGAUGGAAAGGAGAUUCAAAGUAUGGACAUAUAGAGAAGGAGAGCCGCCCCUUGUCCAUGAUGGACCAUUGAACAACAUCUACGCUACGGAAGGGCAGUUCAUCGAUGAGAUGGAGAGUGGCAAGAGCCGAUUUGCGGCCCACCAUCCUGAUGAGGCGCAUGCCUUCUUCCUACCUUUCAGUGUGGCCAAGGUCAUAGGGUUCCUCUACAGGCCCCUUGUCUCCUAUUCAAGGGAACCCCUCCAACGUUUGGUCACUGACUACAUUGGUGUUGUGUCCACUAAAUACCCCUACUGGAAUAGAAGCAAAGGGGCUGACCACUUUAUGGUCUCUUGCCAUGAUUGGGCACCUGAUGUUUCAACUGCAAACCCCGAGCUAUACCGGAACUUCAUUAGAGUUCUUUGCAAUGCCAACACCUCUGAAGGAUUCAAACCUGAUAGAGAUGUAACAUUACCCGAAAUCAACAUCCGUUUUGGACGCCUUCCAAAACCAAGCUUUGGACAAUCCCCUUCAAGACGGUCCAUCCUCGCAUUCUUCGCAGGCGGUUCUCAUGGUUACAUUAGAAAAGUCCUACUAGAGCAUUGGAAAGACAAAGACAAGGAUAUCCAAGUUCAUGAGUACCUCCCAAAAGGCGUCGACUACACUAAAUUAAUAAGCCAAAGCAAGUUCUGCUUAUGCCCUAGUGGAUAUGAAGUUGCAAGCCCUCGAGUGGUCGAAGCAAUCAGUGCGGGUUGCAUUCCUGUGAUAAUUUCUGAUCACUAUGUUCUUCCAUUUAGUGAUGUAUUAGACUGGAGUAAGUUCUCUAUUCAGAUACCGGUAGAUCGGAUACCGGACAUCAAAGUGAUAUUGCAAGGGAUUUCAAGUCGUAGAUAUCUAACGUUGCAGAGGCGGGUGAUUCAUGCACAACGGCACUUUGUGCUUAAUCGGCCCGCCGAAAGGUUUGAUGUGACCCACAUGGUACUUCACUCUGUGUGGUUAAGGAGGCUUAAUCUUCGCCUUCCAUAUUGAUUACAUUGUGGCCUAUGUAUUUUUUGGUUUGAAAAUGAAGUAUAUAUACAUGGUUCAAGU